CAAUGGCGGCGGUAUUAGCGCCGGUGGAUAUGUGUAUUUUUAAUCGCUUUUAGCUGUGCGAGACCAAUGUUUUUCCUCUAUAAUGUCAAAACAAGGAAAAAGAAAAAUUACUGUCGAAUUACCGAAAUCCAAAGAUCUAGCUAACAGGCCAAGUGUGUUUGAGCGCCUCGGUACUAAGAAAUCAAGCGCUAAAAAAACAACUGAACAUUGUAGACAGUGGGCACAAAACGGGAGCUGUGCUUACGGUAAAAGUUGUAAAUUUGCAUCAACUCAUACGUUAAUAAGUCCGUCGAAACAGCGCGCAGCAAACAAAGAUAGUGAACACAAACGUGCCGUGAAAGAUGACCCUAAAAGUAGGCUUCAUUCAACCGUGGUCGUGCGAUCAGGUCGUAGUCCAGACGGUGAAAUCGACAAUUGGGAUCAAAAUGACCUAGAAUACGCAGACACAGACGUCCUUGAAAAAAGGCGACAACAACUGCAAAGGGAGUUAGAGUUGCAAAUGAAAAUGGACUCCAACAAAGACAUACGUAAAGAAAAAAAGAAAACCAUGUCAAGCACUUCCUCAUCACGCAGUUCUAGUUCUUCCAGUGUCUCGUCAUCAUCUUCAGACAAUAGCUCAUCGUCAUCGUCAUCUGGCAGAGAAGCAAGGCGAAAAGCAAAGAAAGGAAAGUUAAAAAGAAAUUCAAGUUCUUCAUCAGAUGGAGAUGCACCUUCUAAAAAGAAAUUUGUCAAAACUGAUAAUUUAAAAAGAGAUAAAAGUGAACCUAAAAAAACAGGUGUAAAAAAAGAUGACAGAGCCUUGAAGAAACAAGAUGCUAUGAAAAAGAAACCUGUUACAAAAACUACCAUUGGAAAAAAAUCAUUAUCACCAGGCAAAAAAUCUGGUGGGACUCCACCAAUUACAUCUAAAAGUGUUAAUAAAAGUAGUGUAAAACAUGGUAAGUCACCUCCAAGAAGAGAUAGAAACAGGAGUGCAUCCCCUCAUAGAGAUAAAGAGAGAGAUAGAACAAAAGAAAAAGAAAGAGAGAAGGACAGAGAAAAGGAACGUGAAAAAGAAAGAGAACGGACUAGAGUUCGAAGCAGAUCCCCUAGAAAAGGUAGGUCUAGGUCUCCACGACAGCAUGCUUCUCAUUCAAAAGAUGUUCGCAAAAAAGAGAGUUCCGAACGUAGCAGACCAGUAUCACCUAAAAAAGCAGCUCGUAGAGAUGCUAGUGCAGAAAGGCAUAGAAAAAGAUCUGCUAGCCGAGAAAGAGAUAGAGGUCGUGAUCAUAAAGAUCGAUCAAUGGAGAGGCGAAAGGAUAAACAUGAUGAUAAAGAUAGACAUGAUAGGAAAGACAGGGGUGGUCGGGACAGAAAUAAAGAUAGUAAAAGGGAUGACAGUAAAAGAAGAGGGCGUGAAAGGGGCUUGGGUGGCAGAGGAGCUGCUAAUAAGGGAUUAGAAAAGCCAAACAAGCCUAUGGAACGACUUCUUCCUAGACCUGAGGAGCGUUUAGCAGCACUUGCUGCUAUUUCUAACAGAGCUCUUGAUAUUGAUAAAAAUUCGUCAACUUCAAAAGACCGACAGGACUCACAUUCUGAAAGGGGUGGUCGUAAACAAGAUAGGCUCGAAAGAGAUCGCUCUACAAAAAGGGAUAGAAUGGAUAGCAUGGACAGAGAUCAAGGUGAAUAUGAUAUGGGUUUAGAUCGUCAGUAUGACAAUGAUCGCAACUUAGAUCAUUAUGACAGAGUAGAUGAUCGUUAUGAUGAUGUUCCCAGAGAAGAAGACAGAUCUCCAGGUUAUAUACAGGGAAGGGAACGACAUUAUGACUCAAGUUAUGAAAUGUCAGGUCCCCCAAGGGGAUAUCCUGAAGAUGAUGAAAGGUUAUAUGGUGAACAUAUGGGAGAUCAUAGAGGUGUUGAUAUGGGUUAUGAUGACCGCCGUCCACAUCGCGAUCGCUCUUGGGAAAGGCGUUCAGGUUCCAUGGAUCGUGAGCGGGGAUAUCUACAUCCUCACAAAGAAUGGGACAAUGACGAUUAUCGUUCAGGAGACUGGGGUAGAGAAAGACACUGGUCAAUGCAUGAGUCACAGAUGAACGAGUGGGGUGAUAAAGAACCAGAUGUGGAUGCUUGGCAUCAUAGAGGUCAUCCUUCUGGACCUCACCGGGGGCGGAUGCAUGAUGAUUAUGGACGAGGAAUGAGAAUGGAUCUUCUUCGAGGUGAGGGUGGUAAACGACGUGGUCCUCGGAAUGAGCCUGAGCAAACUGUAAAGGAAGCACCACCUUCAACACAAACAACAUCCUCAGUACCACCACGUUCAGAGGCUGAAGUUGAUGAUAAACCAAUACCUGAUGAUCUAAGUGAAAUCAGUGAUGAUCCUGAUGAUAUACUGAACAGAGAAGAUAUGACUGAUCAAGUUAUGGAUGAAGAAAGUCAAUCUGCUUUACCAAAUGAUGAAAAUGUAUCUAAACCAGAUGGCUCUGAAAAGGAGUCGACACAAGAUACAAGUGGUGCAGGUGAAGAAAGAGAAUCACAGGAUGCUAAGGAUGAGGAAGAUGUUGCUAAUUUAGACUUUGAAGAGAUAUCUGAUGGCGAACUGGAAGAGGAACGUACAAGAGCUGGACUAGGUGACGCUCUAGGAGUAGACUGGGCCAGUUUAGUAGCAGAUGUUCGUCGACGAGAGCAAACUAGCGUGUCUUCCGGCGGCGCACGUGAACGCUGGAGACCCGAGCGAGUUCUUGCACGCCUUGGACUUUCUAUAAAUAUGGCUGGAAAGGAAAUAGUACAAGAUGUCAUUGAGAAAAAUGCCGAAAGCUUACACACAGAAAAGAAAAAUGCCCAAGCAACAGAAAAUCCAGAUCAGAAAGAUAUUGUUGAACAAAAUGGUAUUCAUGAGAAUGAAGAAAAGCCUGAGAAUGUACCUGACAUAUCGACAUUACACCCAGUGGCAGCUAUUCAGGUGGCUGUACAAAAGAGAAAGCGUCAGCGCGCUGUAUUGUUUGGAUCUGGUUGUGAAAUAACUCGAGGACUUAGUGCAAGAAGAGAUCUAGCUUUGCGGCGAUAUUUGUGUCAUUUACCCACUGCUGAAAGAAUGGGACAGUCACGUGUGACACCACAGCCUUCACUAUUUCAUGCUGCUAGAUCUCUCUUAAUGCAUGCUCCUGUCACAGGCUGACACUAAAAUUAAAACCAAUUCCAGUGUUUGGUAUACAAAA